CUUCUUCUUCUUCUCCUUCUUCCGUUUUGUUUAGGUCUCUAUCGUUCCGUUCCAUCAUCAGGAAGCCUGCAGGAUGGCUCCCAGGUACGAGAUUGCUGUGGGUCUCCACCGGGGUCAUAGAACUUCCAAAAUCGUUGUUGGAAAAAGUAAAGUUGACAAACGCCACAAGUUGAGGCCUGCUCGCCUCAAGGGGAAGCAAACCAAGCACACCAAGUUUGUUCGUGACCUGGUCCGUGAAGUGUGCGGCCAUGCUCCUUAUGAGAAGAGAGCCAUGGAGUUGCUGAAAGUAUCCAAGGAUAAGCGAGCUCUCAAGUUCCUUAAGAGGAGGCUGGGAACCCACAUCCGAGCCAAGAGGAAGCGAGAAGAACUGAGCAACAUUCUCACCCAGAUGAGGAAGCAACAGGCUCACGCUCCCAAAUAGGUUUACUUUAUUUAAUAAACUGUUUUACUUAAACAAA